GAAACAGGCAGUGAGCUUGGCAAAUGUUCUGAGGUCCUCUUCUGACAUUCCACAUUUUCAACAUGGCUGCGUUCAUGACAAACUUACUCAAACCUUGGAGUCCGAGGUUGACAUUAGUGAGAUGGACUCGGUACAAUCCAUAUUAUCUGGAGCCAGAGACCAGUAGAGACGCAUAUAACAAACCUGAGACUGAGCUAACGCCUGAAGAAAUAAACGAACGCGAUUUGAAGACAGUUCGUCCAAUUAAGGCGGCGGUGUCGGGGGUCAGCAGUUCUGGUUUCAAUGACCAGUUAAUGAAUAAGUUUGUCAACAUGAUGAUGCAGGAAGGCAAAAAGAUUCUCGCCAGGGAAAUCAUGACUGAGACUCUAGAGUCUAUAAAGAGGAAACAGGUAGAGAAAUACCACAAAGCUGGACCAGCGGCCAAGAUGGAGAUUGAAUGUAAUCCUUACGCCAUCUUCCAUCAAGCUCUGGAGAACUGCAAGCCAGUAAUUGGUUUGGCCAGCAUACAGAAAGGGGGCAAAUUCUAUCAGGUUCCUAUUCCUCUGUCAGACAACCGGCGUCGUUUUCUGGCCAUGAAGUGGAUGAUCACAGAGUGUCGGGACCACAAGCACCGCCGCACGCACAUGUGCGAAAAACUUUCCCAGGAGCUGUUGGCUGCUUUCUCAAGCGAAGGCAACGUAAUCAAGAGGAAGCAUGAACUACACAAGAUGGCAGAGGCCAACAGAGCCUAUGCACACUACCGUUGGUGGUAAAGUGCUGUUGUUCAGCUUUCAGACUGUUACAAUAGACAAGCCAUUUCCUGCCCCUUUAGGCAAGGGUGGAUGGUCAAAUAUGUGCCCUUGUGUUCUCAGUGGUCAGUGCUGGGUCUGUAUAUAAUUACACACAUUUCACCCAGUGUUGCUUAGGACGUGAUGCAGAGAGAGGUGUCAACUAUAAUUUUCAACAUGACACUCUGCAAAGGGAAUUAAGGCAGCAAAUCCCCUUUUGAAAAGGAUGUGAAGUGUUUUGACAUGGUGGAAAACAGGAGAAAACUACAAUGUAAUGUUUUAUUGGGGCCUGGUGUGAAUGCCCUAAUUUUGUGCACUGAGCUUGUGGAUUGCAGAAGAGAAGCUCAGUCCACGUAAUGGAAACUUUUUUUGUGUGUCCUUAGUUCCGGCAGGGUAUCUGUGUAAAAUAUGAUGGGUCGUGUUUUCUGUAGAAUAAAUGAUCUUUAAUGAAA